CUGGAGAGCUGUAGUGUACUUACCAAGUUUUCUGCUUUUGCAGUUGGUCCGAAGCUUUUCCAGUAUGUUGUAAAAGUCAUCGUGCAGGCAAUACAGUUACUGUACUCAAUGCUGAGAAUAGACCAGCCAUCUUACAUUCUUCUUCAGAAUCCUCCUGGCUUACCUAGUAUAGCCGUUGCCUGGGUUGCUUGUCUUUUCUGGAGAAGCAAACUGAUAAUUGAUUGGCACAACUAUGGAUAUUCUAUAAUGAGUCUGAGUCAUGGAAGAAAUCACCCAAUAGUACAAAUUGCAAAAUGGUAUGAAAAGCUUUUUGGGCGUUUGUCUGACUAUAACUUGUGUGUCACUAAUGCAAUGAAAGAAGACCUGUGGGUGAAUUGGAACAUAAAGGCAGUAACGCUGUAUGACAAGCCAGCCUCUUAUUUUAAGGAAACGCCAUUAGAACUUCAACAUCAUUUGUACAUGAAACUUGCCACAGACUACGAGCCUUUUAAGCCGCGUACAGAGUCUGUCAGUUCAAAUGUGGAGAGAUCUGCCUUUACAGAAAGGGAUGAAAAACGUGGACACGUGAUAAAACCCAGAGAUCGGCCCGCUCUUCUGAUCAGCAGCACAAGCUGGACAGAGGAUGAAGACUUUUCAGUUCUUCUAAGAGCUUUAAAAGAUUAUGAGCGGUUUAUCAAUGAGGGAAUCGAGCUUCCGCCUCUAGUAUGUGUGAUAACAGGUAAAGGACCGCUAAAAGACUACUACAAUGGACUGAUAAAUGAACUGCGCUUUAAACAUAUCCAGAUCUGUACGCCGUGGCUUGAAGCUGAGGAUUACCCUCUUCUGCUUGGUGCAGCAGACCUGGGGGUGUGUCUCCAUAAAUCAUCCAGUGGUUUGGAUUUACCCAUGAAGGUGGUAGAUAUGUUUGGCUGUUGUUUACCGGUGUGUGCAAUACAUUUUCAGUGUUUAAGUGAACUUGUGAAACACAACGAAAAUGGUCUCAUCUUCAGGGACUCAGAUGAACUUGCAGAACAGCUAAAGAUGCUUUUCUUGGGAUUUCCUGCACUGGAAGGCAAACUUCACAACUUCAGGAAAAACCUUCGUGCAUCCAAGCAGCUGCGCUGGGAUGAGAGCUGGGACCAGACUGUUCUUCCUUUGUUUGGGCAGAAUGAAUGACUUUUUCUUCUGUGGGGGAGAAGGGUUUCAAACAAAGCUAAU